UAGCCCGAUGAACUCAGGCCGUGGCUGCUGAAUAAUCAAACAAGCCCCGCCUUCCAGUGAAGAGAAUAAGGGAGUGAGAAUAAAGAGAGAUAGCGGAUCAGCCACCAAAGGAGGAGGGAGGGGGGAGAGAGGAGGGAGGGGGGGAAGCCAAAGAAAGUUUCUGACAAACUUUGCUGCAGUUAGCAGCAACAGCAGAUCAGCAGCUAUGCUGGGGGUGGACGGUGCGCCGGAGCUGGGAGGGCUCAGAUCGCCUUAGGAAAGGGAAGAAGAGAAAAGUUUUAAGGGCUGGCAAGAUUUAGGAAGCAAGGAAACCAAGAGGAGCCCCCCUCCCUCCCGCAGGAGCCCACAAAAAAAUCUGUGGGGUAGGAAAACAUCCCCUAAAGAGACGGGGGUACAGUUAAACAACUGAUCAGGAGGCACUUUCCGAGGAGGAGGAGGGAGGGGGGAAACAUCUCCGAGCGGGCAACCUUUGGUGGUGGGGGGGUGGGAGCAAGGAUGAGCCUGUUGUCAGCCAUCGACACAAGCGCUGCCUCCGUCUACCAGCCUGCCCAGCUUCUCAACUGGGUCUAUCUGUCCUUGCAAGACACGCACCAGGCCAACGCCUUCGAUGCCUUCCGACCGGAGCCUUCCUCGUCCCAACACCCGGAGCUGAACUAUCCCAGCAAGAACACGGAGCUAGGCUCAUCACUCAAUUCCAGUUAUCUCAACAGCUUCUUCCAGCUCCAGAGGAACGAGGCACUGAGCAGCAGUCUAUACAAGAGUGCCUCUCCUUAUGGCUCGCUUAACAAUAUAGUGGAUGGCUUGAGCUCCCUCACCGAACAUUUCUCUGACAUCUCUCUCUCGUCAGAAGCUCGAAAACCCAGCAAGAGACCACCGCCCAACUACCUGUGUCAUCUUUGCUUUAAUAAGGGACACUACAUCAAAGACUGCCCACAGGCACGUCCGAAAGGAGAAGGCUUGACACCAUACCAAGGGAAAAAACGUUGCUUUGGUGAAUAUAAAUGCCCAAAGUGCAAGAGAAAAUGGAUGAGUGGAAACUCCUGGGCCAACAUGGGACAAGAAUGUAUCAAAUGCCACAUUAACGUCUAUCCUCACAAGCAGAGACCCCUGGAAAAGCCUGAUGGCCUGGAUGUUUCUGAUCAGAGCAAAGAACACCCUCAGCAUCUGUGCGAGAAAUGCAAAGUGUUGGGCUACUACUGCCGCCGUGUGCAAUAAACCUGCAAGAAUUGCCUCUGCAACCACCUUUGGAGAUCCCCUGGCAGCACACAGGUCAAAAGAAAAGAAGAGGGGAAGAAAACAUCAGAUGAGAACCCCAAAGGUCACCAGUAUUGCCUGUCAUAAACUAAUAACAUGCCUUACCUUUCAUAGAAUGUAACCCUUUUCCUGUGUAUGUGUAUACAUGCAAGUUGUAUUUAUAGGACUAUGGUGUGUUUUAUUAUAUAUGAAACAGAAGUGACUGAUGCAGGACACAAAUCACCAAGCGCUGCUGCUGUAUCAUCUCCAUUCUCAUCCAGGAGGCUUGCAUGAGACUCCAUACAAGCCACAUGGAAAUAAGUAGGGGGCAUGCAGUAGUAGUUCUGGUGGGACUGUGCCUGUCGUGUCUAUGAUGGAGUCACAAACGUGGUUUCUUCCGAUUGUUUACACAAUUCCAGUAUCCUGCCCAGGUGAAACGAAUCACAUCAUUUUCUGUCCAGAGAGGUAUAUAAGGUUGUGGAACUAUAGACAGAUGGUAUCAAUGGCUUCUGCAGGCAUUAGAUAAAAUGGAUAGAAUGUUGAAUGUGGGUUCUAGCCAGUGCCACAAACACUGAAAUUUUAUAACACAAUAAAAGUGAAGGAGGGCUUAGCUAGACCCAGAGUUAAGGAAGGGGGAGCGGGGUGGGAAUUCCAUUUUCUUGACUUCAGGGUUGGUCUAAAAGUUCUGUGUGGUUGCUUGCUUUCCAGGCACUCAGGGUCACUGGUGAGGUUUUUGGUGGGCUUUCGAAUGUGAGGGUUAAAAUGAACAAGUGAAUAAUUGUUUGAGAGAGUAGUUUGCAUGAAAAUGAAAUGGUGGAACAGGAAGGGUCAAUCAGGAAUUCAUUUUUCUUAAGCAGCAAUCCUAAGAACAUUUAGUUGGAAGUAAAGUCCACUGAAUUUCCUACUUCCAAGUAAGUGCAUUUAGGAUAAAUGCAUUUGUGUGGGCUGUGUUUGCCCAGUACUGUCCCCUUGUGACAAAGACUUGCCUUUCUCUUUUCUCUAUGUACUUGCUAUGCAAGAGGUGGCCAAAAUUCCUUCCUUUAUUGAGCCGUGUAACCAUUUUUUACAGAGCCAACAGGACAAAUGCUACUUUUGUACCUAUCAUAGCAGGCAAUUCCAGCCCAGCUCUUGUUUGUCCACUAUCAUAAUUUUCAUCGCAUACUCUCCUGUGCAGUUUGGCCCUUCCUACCAGAGAUCCCAUACUUUUUUCCUGCAAGGAGAUGGAGCUUCUCUAGCUGGGAAGCUAGGUGUCUAGCUGCUCCACGAUUUCCAUUAAUACACACACAUUUGCUGGAAGAAGUGAGAGAAAAUGUGCGUGUUCCCCACAUAUAUAGUAACAGUUUCGUGCUCCCUGAACAACAGAUACCGUGGGCUGCCCUAUUACCCUUCAGUGACUUGGACAAAAGGUUCACAAAAGUAUUAAUCUCAUUAUGCAUUUGCUGCAACCAAGCCAAUCACCAAGAGACCUAGGUGGUGCAGCCUGAUAGUGCAGAGGUUAUCCAGGUCAGCACCAGCAGCCAUCAUGACUGUGCAGCCUGGGCAUACAGCAUCUCCAUGAUCAUAAGUGGCCCGAACAGUACAGUUCCACAAUGCUAGCAGCUUUCUGGUGGCCUCCACAUGUGGCCCCAAACGCCAGCACUGUCCUAGAAGCUUAAGAGUAUCAAAAAUUGACCCAUAGGAGUUUUAAGGACAAAUAUGAAAUUUGCUUAUUCUCUUCACAGCUUACACAUUUCUGUUUGGCCACCCCUUGGCCACAUGUUAGACUAAAGCUUGCUCACCAGACACGCUACACCAUAACUCUGUAGGGUAGAUAGAGCAGGCAGGCACCCAGCUGGCACCUCAGUAUUAUAGACCAUAUUACAUCACAUUGCAGGGCUGCUCUCCAUAGCUGCAAGCUAGGACAACAUUUUAGGACCAGCAGGGGAAGAGGUAAAUUGACUGUGAAUAAUGGGGGAAUUAUUCUCCAAGCCUUAACUGAAAAAGUAUACUUGCCCUCCGUAUUGAUUCUAGCUCUAAUGACACUUUCAGAAAACAGCUGUCCUGUCUUCAGCUGUAUUAAUUUCCUAUUAAAUGUCAAAGGCUAGACCUAGGUAAGCUAUUAGGAUAUCACAUAAAUGCAAAAAGCAAAUUACUCUGGAAAACCUUCCCUUUUUUCUGUCUUCCAAAACCAUCACUGUAUAGUUAAGGGGGUGGGGUAGUUGCACCAAUUUUAUUAAGUAAGAUAAUUCUGAAAUAUUGUUGCAAAGCAAACAUAAUAUUGGAACGGCUCUGAAUAGUAGAGCAGAAAGAGCAUCUUAUCUGAUGUAUUUAUUUAAUAAAGCAGAGACUGGAGCUUUACAUGUGCCACCUGUUUCUAUAGAAAACUGCAGGUGAAUUGGAAUUUCAUAUCAUCAUUUGAGAUUACCUUCAAUGUGGAUUUUUAAGUUCAGACAUUCCUGGCAAAAUUGAAUUAUUUUUGUAUAAAGUCAUCUCAUGUCAGAUUACCUAAUGGAUUAUGCCAUAAUAUACACAGCAAGCUGAACACUUGCCGUGAAUAUUUCCAUCCAGUGGUGAUGAUGAAGAGCUUCACAGAUUAAAUCCAGGAUAGAAUCAGUGCCAGUUUAGGUUUUCUACAUCUAGAACCGGACAGGGAAAGGGCUGUAGGGCAGGGAAUUAUUUGGCUUGUAGCUUCCUCACCUAGAACUGCAGCAGGCGAGGAGUUCAGUCUCCUCCCAUUGGCACUGUAAACGUAUGAAGCUGCCUUAUACAAAGUCAGGCUGGCACUAGAUCUCCUGGGUCUCGGGCAAAGGUCUUGUUGAAAAUUUGCUGCCUGAAACUGCUUAGUUGGAGAUGUUGAAAAUUGAACCUGGGACCUUGUACAUGCAAAGCAUGUGCUGUACCCCAAUCUGUGGCCCUUCCUGUGUGACUUGGGCUGGAGACAGACAAUCGUUUUAAAGAAAAUUGAAAAUAUUAUGACAGAGGCAUAUUUUACUGUUGUCUAAAUACAUUUAUUUUGCCCCACCGUUCUCUCUAGUCAAAAAGAUGUUGCAGGUUUUUGAAGUCUAGCGUCCCAGUGUGUUUCCAUGCCACAAUGGCUAGGGGCAGAAUAUCAGCACUUAAGCACAGCAGCAAGUCAGUCUAAACCUCAUAGCAGAGCUCUUAAAGGAAUGAGAGUUAUUUCUUUGUCCAUAAGUAGUAGUCUUAUUGCGAUAACAAGCUUUGUUGUAGGGAUGUGCAUGAAUCGUGCAUUGUUCAGUGAUUCGAAGCACAGCCCAAGGACCUUUAAAAGGGAGGAGAGCAGGUCCAUACCUCUUCCUCCACCACUCACCACUGCUUCCUGCUGACCAUGCACCACCACAUGAGGGCAGCUGGGGUGGGGUACGCUGCAGCAGCAGGAAGCUGCAGCAAGUGGUGGAGGAGCAGGUAUGGACCUGCUCUCCUCCCUUUUAAAGGUGCCUGGGCUGUGAUUUGAAUCAGUGAACGAAUCAUGUUUUGUGCACAUCCCUACUUUGCUGUGAGCAUGAAAAAAUGUUGCCAACAGCAAAAAAUCCUUUUAUUUUCCUACUAUUCACUGAGAAGAAGAUCCUUAUAUAGAUUGCAGGCAGUCUCAGUCUCUAUGGCAGUUCCCAAAGAAUCUGUGAGUAGCAGAAUCUGUGAUGCUACCACAGAGUAGCAUCAUCAAGCAGUAGAGUGUGUGACUGGAGCUUAGGACCUCUGGGUCAUGUCCCAGAUCCUGCUAAUAACUGCAGUAUUUUGGGCAAGCCACGGUCUCUGUAGGCUUCAAUAAAAUGGAUGUAAAAUUUGUCACUCAUGUGGGUAUUGUGAAGUAUCAGUGGGUGGUGGUGAGCCAGCUCAUCAGGUUCCUUUGCCUGCUGCUCUUCAAGUGAAGAGAGUGUUCACUGGUGUCCUACCAGUGUUCCCUCUAAGGCAUGUGCGUGCACUCACACAUUUUUGGAUGUCCACUCAGUUAAUUUUAGAUCCCACUCAGGCUUAAUCAGGAAGGCCCCACUCUGAAUGUGCAUGCACACACACUGCCUUGAUAAUGCCACCCAGAACAAAACUCAUUCCUCACACAGAUGAAAAAUGUUAGAGCACCAAUUCCUCCCCUUCGUCUUCAGGCACCAGGAGGCAGAGGAGGAAGCACAGUUGCCGAGUGGGCAGUCUCUCUAGUGCUGAAUGCUGACAUGGCAGGUGACUCUCAACGCAGCAACACCACCUCCCAGUGCCUGAAAGUAAGGUCGAGAAUUCCCCUCCCGGUUUGAGUGUUGCACAGCAGCAGGCAGUUGUUUCACUUCGCCAACUGCUUCAGCAUCUGCCACUGUGAAAUCUUUUUAAUGUCUCCUUAAUGCUGGGAAUAGGUUGGCUUUUAAUUUCAAAUAGUUUGGACAGAAUUUACAAGUGACGCAGUGACUGCUUGAAGCCAAUGUAACUACACAAGAGCAGGCAAUCAGGCUGUAUCUGCAUCACAUCUUGUUUACAUGAGCAGUUAUCCUGAGUUAACAACCCCCAAGUUCUUUCUCUGCUUUGUUUACAUGAUCAAGGGGUUGUUCCAGAGGCAAAAGGAAGCAGAAAAUAAGGAACCGGGUCCCUGGAUAAUUAGGGGUUUUUGUUUUACCUUCCAUUUCAUUGCCAGAGAAGUGACUAUAUAAACAAUGACAUAGUCAUUAUCUUGGGCAUGCAGAAAUACGUGGUGGCAUUUGAAAACUUGAACUUUAAUUUUAAUUGUGUUCCAUUCAUGAGGGAAGCGAAUAAUGAAAGCAACAUGGUUACAAGAGAGCCAUAUGUUAUGAACUGUCUACAUUAUCUCUACUUGAGCACUUAUAAAAUAUUAACAGUAAUCUCUCCAACACUACAAAUCUAAUGAAGAAAGUGAAGAAAUAUUAGCUAGCAAAGGUUGUAAUUGAGGGGAGUGAUUCACGUUUUCCCAUAAAACAAUUUUUGUUCAGGUGGCCCUCAUUAUCCAUGGUUCCAGCAACGGUUUGACAUAUCCAUGGUGAAGUUCUAGGAACCUGGUUUCCAUAUUUGCAGGUGCAAAAAUAGGCAAUUUUAACCUAUCCAUGGUUUCAGGACUACUGGAAAUGACGUCCAGAGUCUUAGGCAGCAUGGAACCAUUUUGUGGCUCUUUCUUUAAAUAAAUAAAUAAAUUCCCUAUGAUAUCUUGCUAAAAUUGAGGGUUUGGGGGGUGGCAUUGCUGGAGAGCAAGACAGAGUACUUUGUUUCUCUUAUUUAUACUCUCCCCCACCACUUUCAGCCUUUUGUGUGUGUAGGAACCUAAACCCUAGAUUCCCAUUGGGGUAAGUUUUCAUUAUUCGCGGUUUCCAUUUUCAUGCCUAUAGGCUAGUAUGGAACGCCUGUGAAUAAUGAGGGCCACCUGUACAUGUAGCAAUUAAUCUGUCAUAUAUAUAUGAGAGAUGCAAAUGUAGUGCUGAUACAUCCCAUCCACUUACAAUGAAUGCAAAAAAAAAAUGCUUUGCAAAAGAGACAGCAAGAAAAUCUGGAAGUUAUUUUGCAACAUAUGUUGAAAAUAAGGGCUAGUUUGCACACUUCAUUCUACUCGAGGCCGUCAUUUCUGAAGCCACAUAUACAGAAAUACAUAGGCCAGUAUCCAAAUAACCCUUUGAGCAUGCCUAAUAUGCUUCUAUGCACCAACAAAGAGAGUGCCUUACAUACAGCGCAGUAAGCCACACACCCAAGAGGAAUUUGGGCUCUCUCACUGUGAGCAGCAAUGGGCAUCAGGUGCAGCAGUGAUGAUGCACAGCGUCAUUCACACGGAGCCUCUUCUGCCUUUGAUUAGAAGCACGGAUGGAGUGGUGAGUCCCAUACAGUUAGGAAGCGAGCAUUCCUCUUGGGUGCAUGGCUCGCUGCACUGUAAGUUACUUUCUCUACUUUUACUUGUAACUGCCAGCAACUCGUACUGUGCUGGAUGCCACACGAGAGAGUCCCCUGAUCUUUUCAAGGCACAAAGAAGUACUGAGGCAAAGUGCUCCCUGAAAAGUCCCAGUGUAUGUGUGAAAACCCAUACACAGCUCUUUGAAUCUCACUCAUCAGAUAUGAAUUAGUAACCCUUGGGCCUCAUUGGCAGCUCUUGUAGCCAUGUGCCUAUUACAAAAUAAAUUCUCACUCAUCAUACAGUGUACAUGUUUGGGUUUAUUAGUUUCUACAAAGAUCCAUGCAGAAAAAAUGCCAUGUGUUAUGUGACAAAUUUCCAACUACUGCUCUCAGAUAAUCUCCAUUGGCAUUAAAUAUCUGAGCCAAAUUCUACUUACCUGGAAGUUCCACUGAAAUUAAAAUGUGAUUUUUAGAGAAUACCCUUAGGAUUGUUGUGGUAGAUUGUUUCAAAUGGGUUCUACUAGAGAAGCUAUUAAUUGGUAUAAAGCGUGCUUUCAAGUCGAUUUCGACUCCUGUCGCCCACAGAGCCCUGUGGUUUUCUUUUGGUAGAAUACAGGAGGGGUUUAUCCUCCCGUGCAGUAUGAGAUGAUGCCUUUCAGCAUCUUCCUAUAUCGCUGCUGCCCAGUAUAGUACCAGCAGGGAUUCAAACUGGCAACUUUCUGCUUGUUAGUCAAGCAUUUCCCCGCUGCGCCAUUAGGUGGUUUAAUAAUUGGUAUAGUCCAGCCAAAGUGAAGCACUUUUAAAUUCCACUUAUUUCAACGGCGGAAUUAAGCAUAUGAGGUGAUGGGGCAGAACUCACUUCAUAUGGUUUUCAUGUGUAAGAUUCUAGCAUAGAUAAACCCUGUCCCCACUUUUCGAAGUGUUCUUGGGUGAUGCUGCUGCUGCGAAAGACCUUCAUCUGAGAUCUUGGAGAAAUGCUGUCAGUCAGAGUAGAUAGGGCUGGUCUUUAUGGACUAACAAUCUGACUCUGUAUACAGUAAAGCAGCUCUCUAAAUCUGCUGAAAUGAACAGGACUUAAAGGUGUUAAAAUUUGACCAGGGCAUGCCCAGUAUGUUAUUUAAGUCAAGCUGAAUAUCUCUAUACCAGCUUCUGAAUAUUGCAAGUGCUAAGUUAUCCUCCUGUAAACCAUGUUAAAAUUUAAGCAAGCAGACAUAGGGUUCUAAUUCAAACUUAAUGGAAUUAUCUGCACUGUGUCAUUCUUGAAGACAGUAUUCUGUGCUCAGCCGGGAUUUCAGUGCCUACCUGUUUUAUGUCUUUGAAAACCACUGCUUCUGGAAAUAUUGAAUGGCUGCAGAGCACUCAGUAAGCUGACUGAAAUUGUAGCUAUAUAAAUGAAGGUUUGUGUUUUCUUAGGAUGAAUAUCAAAGGGACAAUCGUGUGCAGUUAAUAGACAUAGUCAAUUGAUAUAAAUGUUUACCCUGUUAUGAAAUAUUUUACCGUUUUACUUGCAGAUGUGUACUUAUCUUGAGUUAUACUUGACAUAGAGUUCCUUUCUGUUUGUUUGUUUUUUAAUACUGUGUGUGUAUUUUGGAAAAUCUUUUUAGAUGUUUAAAAUUUUUGAAUGGUUACAAAUAUUUCUUUGUAAUACUGAAUUGUUAUCUGGAAACUCUUUGCAAUAACCUGUUUUGUAUAUAUUUGAGGGCCUUUUAAAAUACUAUUGUUUGUUCUGUUUGGAUUUUUUAAAGUGUUUUUACAACUCUGAAGCUUUCAAAAAGGGCCUUGGUUUUCUACUAGAAUACUAACAGAGCUAAGAGUUUUCUUAAGUAUUAUACAAAAGUAAGGGUGUAUCCUCAAGAAAAUAUUUAUGAAAGGAAUUUGCUUUUUCUUUUUUUUUUUUUACAAUGCUUUUGUCUGUAUAAAGUAUGCAACAGAACUACAUUAAGAAGGAAAUAUUGUCUACAUAGAAUAUUAUAUGAAAGUUGGUACAUAAUUCUGACAAGAAAAAAAAACCCUGCAAUUCUUUAAGCCAUAUUAUUAUUGUUGUUGUUGUUGUUUUCCUUUGGAUGAAAAUAUCAGUAUUAAGUAACCAGUAUAUUAUUCAGGUGUUUAGAACUUAUAUUAAUAUGCUUAUUCAAUUUAUUUAUAUGUGUAUUUUGGAAAGUAUUGCCUUUUUAGAGAAGCUAUGACUGAUUUGUUAAGAAUCAGAUGUUACACUAUCACUUUAUGACCUUGUGAAAGACACACUAACAGCCCAAUCCUAAGACAUGUGCUUAUGAGGGCGAGGCUCUAACUACUGCUAUGUCAGCACAGUGUUAUAGUGACAUAGCAGGGUCUCCAGUGCAAAGGUUUGAAUUGAGGUGAAAAUGCUCUGAGGACCUCUUCACACAUUACAUUUCUUAGGUGUACACCUAAGGUGGUUUUUUUGUUUUUUUAAGCUAUGCCCUAAAACUGUAAAAGGUGAAUGUGACAAACAGGUACAAACACACAUGAAUAAUCUAGGUUUCCUGUCAGGAAUCUGGAUUGGCUGCAGAUCCCCGUUGAGUGUACACUCAGCUGGAACUGUUGCUGUGUAUUUGUGAAAUGACCCAAAGAGUCACUAUUUGAUUUUCAGAAAUUCUGCAACAUGGAUAUAUGAUUUUAUUUUAUUUUUUACACUGUCUUUUCAAGGGUAGGAAGGGCAUCAUUGUUUUUUAAAGUGAUGCUCACAGCAGUUUGCAAAUACAUCACACUGUGAGAUUCGCAAUGCAAAUACCAGCAUUGACACAAUACUGUCAAUCAGUGGCCAUAACAAAGAAAGAGGGCUAGACUGAUGUAGGCUUUUUUGUUGUUUUGUUUAUUGUUAUUUAGAAUUCAUAGCAUGAUACAAUAUGCAUGUACACAUAUUAUAUGCAUUUUAUGCUUUCACAUAGUUCCAUUAUAUUACAAAUGUUGGUUUUUUAAACAAAUGCUAAAAUGGGAGAUCUGUCCAACGCUGUACGGGACUUGUAUAUCCCUUUAAGAAGGUUAUUUAGAGCAGCAGUCACUACAUUGUAUAAAACUAACCCUGUUAUCAUAUUAAUUUCUGCAGAUUUAGAUUAGUUUCAUUACUUACAAAUGUUAAAAACUAGCUGUACCCACUGACUUCUUCUCAGUUUCAGUUGUAUAAUGUUUCUCUUCUGUAACUGGUAAUUAACUUGUACAGCUUAAAGAAAAUAACAUUUCUAUGGACAUAGGCCUCAGAGGUGCCAGUCUUAUCACAACCAACAAGGUGACUGGUCAUUCAACUAGUAAACUGGGUUGUUUAAAAGACUGGCAAACUUCUGUUGUGAAUUGUCCAUAAAAUGGCAUUCCGAUACGUGCCUUAUUUGCCGAAUAGUAUAUGGCUUGCCUUUAGUAUUAUAGCAGUUUAAUGCUGUAUUAAAAUACUGCAGAAAAAUAAAAUAAAAUUGUGUGCUCUGG